GGCGGGCGCCGGGCCGCAUGAACAAUAGGCGGUGGUCCCGGCCCCGCCGUCCCCCGCAGUGCCCGGCUGCCUCGGGCGCCUCCCCCUAUGGAGCAGCCUCGCCAUGGAGCCCCUCACCGAGCUCAGCCAGGAGGGCGCGGGCGGCGGGGAGCCGCCGGGCGGCGGGCCGCUCUGGACCGCCGUCUUCGAGUACGAGGCGUGCGGCGAGGACGAGCUGAGCCUGCGGCCGGGGGACGUGGUGCAGGUGCUGUCCCGGGACUCGCACGUGUCCGGCGACGAGGGCUGGUGGACGGGCAAGAUCGACCAGCGCGUCGGCAUCUUCCCCAGCAACUACGUGAGCAGCGGCGUGCCGGGAGGCGGCCCGGAGCUGCGCGCCCGAUACCCGCCGCCCCCCGCCAUACAGCUCCUGGAGAUCGACUUCUCAGAGCUUGUUCUGGAGGAAAUCAUUGGCAUAGGGGGCUUCGGAAAAGUGUAUCGAGCUGUGUGGAUAGGAGAUGAGGUUGCUGUCAAGGCAGCUCGCUAUGACCCUGAUGAGGACAUCAGCCAGACCAUUGAGAAUGUCCGCCAAGAGGCCAAGCUCUUUGCGAUGUUAAAACACCCCAACAUCAUUGCCCUCAGGGGCGUGUGUUUAAAGGAACCUAAUCUUUGCUUGAUCAUGGAGUUUGCCCGUGGAGGAUCGCUAAAUAGAGUGUUGUCUGGUAAAAGGAUACCUCCUGACAUACUAGUGAACUGGGCAGUACAGAUUGCGAGGGGAAUGAACUACCUGCACGAGGAAGCGAUUGUUCCCAUAAUUCACCGUGACCUGAAGUCCAGCAACAUACUGAUACUCGAAAAGGUGGAAAAUGGAGAUCUGAGCAACAAGAUGUUGAAGAUCACGGAUUUCGGCUUGGCCAGGGAAUGGCAUAAAACUACCAAAAUGAGCGCAGCUGGAACAUAUGCCUGGAUGGCUCCUGAGGUCAUCCGCUCCUCCAUGUUCUCCAAAGGCAGCGAUGUUUGGAGUUAUGGUGUGCUGCUUUGGGAACUGCUAACAGGAGAAGUUCCAUUCCGAGGAAUUGAUGGUCUUGCGGUAGCAUACGGUGUUGCCAUGAAUAAACUUGCCCUUCCAAUCCCUUCCACAUGUCCAGAGCCUUUUGCCAAACUAAUGGAAGAUUGUUGGAACCCUGACCCACACUCACGACCUUCCUUUGCCAGUAUCCUAGACCAUCUUACUGCCAUAGAAGAGUCUGGUUUCUUUGAAAUGCCCAAAGAUUCCUUCCACUCCCUGCAGGAAGACUGGAAACAAGAGAUCCAAGAGAUGUUUGAUCAGCUCAGAGCCAAAGAAAAGGAGCUGCGCACAUGGGAAGAAGAGCUGACUCGUGCUGCUGUUGAACAGAAGAAUCAUGAAGAGCUGUUGCGAAGGCGGGAACAGGAGCUGGCAGAACGCGAGAUUGACAUCCUGGAAAGGGAGCUCAACAUCAUCAUCCACCAGCUGUGUCAGGAGAAGCCUCGGGUGAAGAAACGCAUGGGGAAGUUCAAGAGGAACCGGCUCAAGUUAAAAGAUGGCAAUCAUAUCAGCCUGCCUUCAGAUUUUCAGCAUAAAUUCACUGUGCAGGCUUCUCCAACGAUGGAUAAAAGGAAAAGCUUGAUCAGUAGCUGCUCCAGCCCUCCUGCAAGUCCUACCAUUAUUCCCAGACUCAGGGCCAUACAGUUGACUCCUGCUGAAAGCAGUAAAACGUGGGGGCGAAGCUCAGUCCUUCCAAAGGAGGAAGGAGAGGAAGAAGAGAAGAGAGGCCAAAAGAAAAAGGGACGCACCUGGGGACCAAGCUCACUUUGUCACAAGGAGCUAGGUGCAGGAGAAGAUGGUCUGAAAGCUCUGGUAGAAGGAUACAAACAGUGGUCAUCCAGUGCACCGAACCUUGGAAAGAUCCAGAGAACUGCACCAGCUUUUCCAGGAUUCACCAGCUUAGCAGAGAUGGAUGAUGAAGACAGUGAAUGUCUUAAUGGAGAGGACAAAGUGCACCCUUCACCUGUGCACAAUCAGUCAUACCUCUGCAUCCCAUUUCAGAAGAAUGAAGACUGGGACGGCCCUUCUAGUGAUGCCAAUGAGGAGUCCACCCCUGUAAACUCUGCUACUAGUACCCCACAGCUGACACCCACCAACAGCCUCAAACGUAGUGGCUCCCACCACAAGCGAUGUGAGGUUGCACUGCUUGGCUGUGGAGCAGUGCUGGCUGCUGCUGGCCUGGGUUUUGAUCUGUUAGAAGCAGGGAAGUGUCAGCUGCUGAUUGAGGAGGAGCCAGAGGUGCCCAAGGAAGAGAAGAAGAAGCGUGACAGCAUUUUUCAGCGAGCUGGACGCCCACGCAGGAGCACUAGUCCACCUUCCCGGAAGAUCUUCAAGAAGGAGGAUCCCAUGUUGUUGCUAGGCGAGCCAUCCACAUCCCUUACCCUUCUUUCCCUGUCCUCCAUUUCCGAAUGUAAUUCCACCCGGUCCCUGCUGCGCUCAGACAGUGAUGAGAUUGUGGUAUAUGAAAUGCCUGUCAGCCCAGUGACAGUCAAGGCUCCUUUGCCAGCCAUUACCAACCCACUAGUCAACGUCCAGAUCGAGAGGUUCAAACAAGACCCCAACCAGUCCCUGACUCCCACACAUGUGACAGUCUCUUCCCACACCCAGCAAAGCGGGCACAGGCGCACACCUUCUGAUGGGGCCAUCAAAGGGAGUGGACUAAUUGUCAACGGAUGCCCAACCAGUGGAUGCCCUUCCAGUAGCUGUUUAACUGGAGCACUGGGAGCAGGAAUGGGAGUAGUUGCCUUCCUCUUCAUAGCAUGCUGUUAUCUUAAGACUUUGUGGACAAUACUGCGUAGAGAUGUUGCUUCGAUAUGUCAUGAAACUGGAUACCUCUCAUUCUGUCGAAGCCUUAUUUUGUGGUUUCAUGAGGCAAUAUGGAAAUGAACUCAUGGCUUCUUCUGCUGCUCCCUCUAUUGAACACACUAGUAUAAAGUCACAUGCUGCAGUUAAGAUGUGCAUUUGCUUUUGGUUUUUCCCAUGCUGAGUUUUUUUAAGCAGCUUUGCUGCUGGUCAGAGAUGAACACAACUUCUGAAAUUACCUAUAUCAACUUUGUUUUUGUAUGUCGAAAGUAGUCACUCCCAGGCUAACGAGAUAUGUGUGCUUGAUUAAAAAGUAGUUUGCCACUGGUAACUGGAUGAUGGAUCUGAUGUAGCUACCACAAUUAUUAUUUUUCCUCUCUAACAAGGAUCUCUUUUUUGCAACUAGAAAGUCUUCAGCACUUCAUCAGUGUUUGUACACAAGAAAUACAUUUUGUCUCCAUCUGUACGUGAGUGAAAAACCUCUUACUUUUCCUGACCAGGAACACAAUUUUCCCACUAAGAAUGGCUUCUUGGACUCUAUGUUUUUGUUUAUUUUCUGUUUACUUGGGGAUGUUGAUUAUUUUUGGUUUGUAUUUUAAGCCUAUGAAAUAUAUACAUGUCUUAGGUGCGUCCUGUAUUUGUAGGUGCCCUCCAUCUCACAUGUUCCUUGCUAGGAGCUGAGGUUUUUUGGAGGGAACUCCUGGUUGUAGCUUUCAGUACUGUGUUGUUCAUCAUACACCAGGCCAAAUACCAGCAGUGUUCAUAUCCUCCCUAUUAGAGAUGUGCCCACACCCGUGUGUCAAGGCAUGCGCUAUCACUGGCUCUCGGUAUCUCUCUGUUAGAAUUUUGCCCCCACCCAAUCUUUAUUGGUUAUUUAUUCUUGUUACCAAAGUAACAAGCCUGAGACAGAAGACAACACAUAUUUUAGGUGUGCUUUGACCUAAAAGGUUUCUGAGCUAGAAGCAUAAGAUUCAACUGGGUGAAGUGAAAGUGGAGGUUGGCAGGAAAUAGCAAAUAAGAGUGAAACUAUCCUUCUUAAUGUAAGUCAGAGAACAGAGGGAUACUAGCUGCUUGGUAAUCUAUUGGCAUCAUAGGUCCCAAAGAAGAAUUUGAGGAAUAUGUAGUUACUUAAUUUCAUAGACCGGUUUGGGUUGGAAGGGACCUUAGAGAUCGUCUAGUUCCAGUCCCUCUGCUAUGGUCAGGAACACCUUCAACUAGACUAGUUCCUCAAAGCCCCAUCCAACUCAUCCAGUUUCUGGUUGGUUUGUUGUAUUUUACCCUAAACUACCUCAUUUGUAGAGAUAGAAUGGAAAAAAAGUUCAAGUUUUGGUAAGAAUUGCUCUAAGUAAGCAAUUGAGGCUGGAAUGAGAUAGGAGGGCAGAGGCGAACACUGUGUUUGGCCCUCUGACAUGCAAAUUCCUGAUGGAAAAAUAAAACUAACCAUUUGGUUUAUUAAGAUUAUACUUUCUUUAAAUAUUUAUGUCUCCAAAACAGACAAUAAAGGAGAAGGCAGGGCAUUUUUCUUGAUGAUUUCUGAUCUGUGGAAGAGUUGAUUGUCCACAGACCAAAAGGUGGUGAUUUCAUAUUGGUCACUACUGUUUUUAAAAGCAACGGUCUGUUUUUUCAAAACACAUUUUUUUUUUAUGAUCUCAUGUGCUCUUAAAGUGGACCUACAUAUGAUCCUGAUUGUUUUCCUGUAUUUGCAGUACUGUUUUCCUAAUGUAUCAGCUCCUAAUACAGUCCUUACUGUAUCUGAAUGCUAAUAAUGCGCAGACAGACCAGUAUAGCUAAUGUUAAGAAACUAUGACACAUUUUUAGUGUGCAGUGUAGUGGAUUUAUAAGCUCAGCUUGAAGUGGGCUACUGUUAGCUCUGUAGCUGGUGGGUCAGAUGGAUGCACAACUAGCAAAAGAGGGCUUAGAACAAAUCUGCAGAAGAAAUGCCAAAGUUUUAUUUGCUUAAAAUAAGCAAUUUGAAAAGUAAUCAUGGUGGGGGGAAAAGGCCCUUCAUUAUUCAGAAAUACUUUUCUAGGUUCUUGUCCAUGCUCAAAUUUUAGCUGCCAGGAUAGCUAUUGAGAAACUACAUUGUGUUCAGAAGUUUUGGGCUGGAACAUAAGACCAGAAUAAUGCAUUUCAAAUAUGCUAUUUCAGAGUGAUUGAUACUGUCUCCCUGUUCUACCUUCAAUUCAGCAUUUUCUCAAGAACAGAUGUUGAGGUUGGAUAAAACUAACCUCCUUGUCUUGGAGAGACAUAUGAGUCUGAAAAAAAGAAACACUGUUCUAGGCGUGUGCUGAUGCUUUUAUGUCUCGAGGUCUUGGCAGGAGAGGUUAUAAUGGAGCAGGAAGACAUGCUGGUGUUUUUCCAAGCUUCGUUGAUAAGAAUGCUGCUAACAGCAGUUAUGUUUCAGAACAAACGUAGCCUCUGAUUGCUGUUUGGCAUAGGUCAGUUGCACACUGAGCUUCUUGAGUCUAUUCCUUGGGUUCUUCUGGAAUUUGUGAAUGUGGCCACUUCUCAGCUUGAGUAGUGUCUUUACUCCCAGGCCUGGUCAGUGUCACAAAAUGAGUUGUCACUGUCGACUGCCCAGAUAUUCACAUUAGGCUUGUUCUUCUGUCUUGCAUGCUUUAGUGAGCAGCUCUUACAAUGUCAACAGGGUUAGCAUUUCUAUCUGAACAGAGCAGCUAAUACCUCUUUUCACACUGCAUCUCAAGCAGUUGUUACUCCAUCAGUUGCUCUGUUUUCAAGGUUAUCUUGACAACCAUAACAUCCAGAUACCCUAGUCUGUAAAGAAUAAAGCCACAGCAAAAAAAAAAAAGGUAAUUAAAAAAGAAAGCAUACUAGUGAGUGUUUGCCAAUUGAACUGGUUGAGUUUGGCCAGUGCUCUUUGCAGAGAGUAGAAUCCAUUCUUGUGCAACAUAGGUCUCUUUGGGGGAUGUCUAGGUUCAAACUGGAGAAUAUACCUAGAUCCACUAAAAGUCACCAGUGCCCAUCGUGUUUGGCAGUUAUAAGAAACCAAAUAAAACCAAGGGCAUCUAGUAGUAAAAGUUCAUAUUUAGGAUAAUUACUUUUCAAGUUAAAAGGGAAGAGGCCUCAGUUCAGAAAGCUCUUCAUCACGUACUUAAACAUCACUGAAGUCAACGGAUUGUGUCUGUGGGUCAAAAUGCACAAGACCUCAGUUCAGCAAAGCUCUUUAAAUUGGGGGAUUGUCCUGGUGAAGGACCAGGCUCUUUACUUUGGUUGUCAGAGGAAAGAGUCAGUUAACCUGAGGAAAGAGUUCCUCAACAAGCCUCUGGGUAAAUGCUGGUUUGACUGCUGAUUCUUGUGGCCUUUCCAUGACUGCACAUGCCAUGCCUGUUUGACUGCUAAUUCUUACCAUAAGCAGAGUAAGCUUUGAGAAUGUUUUCUGACACAGGAUGAAAGAGCAAAAACUUCUGCAUUAGCAGAUUGCUUUCUGUAAAGGGGCAAGAAGUGGUGACUGGAGGUUGUGUGUGCAAAUGACAGUUUAACCCGGGGCCUUUCCUCAGGUGUUUCUUCUCAUUUUCAAAAUGUAUCCCUCCAGGCUGGUGAACAGACCUGACAAGUUCAGCAGUGAUCAACAUCCACCACUUCACUAGAGUUCUAGGGUUCUUGUCUAUCAGCUGUUGGCACAGCACUUCAUGCUGCUAUAUGUGAAUUCCUUCUCGUAAAUUCACAAGCUGGAAAUAUCUGAGAUAUUUUGCCUGACUCAAGUUGAGAGGCUUAAAUGGAGUGGCAGACAACAGUGGUGGAAAAAUCAGGGAAAAUACCUGUGCUUUUAACAAAAUCUCUUCUGUGGCUUUGAAAGUUGAAGAAUUUCUCAGCCAGAGAAUGUAUUUCCUCCCUCUUUUUAUAAGCUACUUCUUUCUUUUGCCUUAUUAUUUGUGGAUCUGCUCCUACUUCUAUUUAAAGCCAGACGCAAAAAUCGGUGACCUGACUUUCCUAGGUACAAUGUUGUAAAUCUGAAGAACCAGGUGAGUAGCUUACUCUAGUAUAAGAUCAUGCCCCAUGUCUGAUCCUUUAAGAUACGGGAUAGUUCCUGCUUGUGUUGAAAUCACUGUGUAGAGGAUGUUGGGUACUUCAUAAGGAACUCCAAAUUCUGUAGGACUGAGAUUCAUCUUGCGACUCCAGUAUUUCAGUCUGGUUUUGGAGACCUCUCUAUGUCUUCUCUUCUGUUCAUGGUGUUCAAAAGUUUGUUGCUGUGGAAGUAGCACCUGAAGGUAUGUUUUGCCCUAAGAACCUGCAACGAAGCAGUUGCAUUAGCAAAUGGCAAUGUACCCCGGAGUUGAGUAAAAUAACAGAGGCCACCAAGUUUUUCUUGUUUGUGUGAUGAAAUGUUGUCAAAUUAAGUGAUUCGUUGGAGCCUUCCUUUAACUUCUGUACAGCAGUAAGCUUAGAGGAAAAGAGGAUUGCAUUAUUUUUUAAAAAGCUUUAUUUGUGACCUGGACUUGUUGCCUCUGACCCUCUUGGGCUUAAAUAGUUAAAUUAUAUUAAUGUCCAGUUUGUUUCACUGUAGGUAACACAUCAACUGAAUACUCUUGUGCAUAAUCUACUGUAUCUUUCCUCUGUUCUGUGUCAAUGUAUUAUGUGUAUUUGGAUUACAGUUCUUUUUGUAUUAAAUUAUUUUAUGUUAUAGAACAAUAUUUAAGCGAAGCAAAGAGCUAUUGGAAGUUGUUGGCGUUUUGGGAUUUCUUUUCUCUUUGCUCUUUUUUUGGAUGUACUGUAAAUUGUAAACCAAGGAUGCCAAGCAGGCUUGGUUCAAUGGCUAAAAUUAUUGUAUUACAGUGUAAUGCUGAUCUAGGCCUUGUCUCAACACUAGAGCACACAGACUUGAAUAAAACUGCUAUAAAAGUGA